AUGUCAGCUUCCGCCGGUAUUCGUAAACUUAUUGGUUCAUGGGAAUACGUUGAUGGUGAACAUUUUGAUGAUUAUAUGAAAGAAAUUGGUGUUGGUUUCGCUCUUCGUCAAUCAGCUAAAUUAAUUAAACCAAAAUUAGUCAUUAGCGAAAAUGGAGAUAAAUGGACAUUUAAAAGUGAAUCAACACUUAAAUCUGGAUCAUAUGAAUUUACACCAGGUGUAGAAUUCGACGAAACCCGUCUCGAUGGUGAAAGUGUUAAAUCAACAAUCCGAUUCGAAGGUGAUAAAUGGGUACACACAAUGCGCGAUAAAAAUAACAAAGAAUCAACAGUUACACGUUGGGUUGAUGCUCAAGAUCAACAUCAAAUUGAUAUGAAAGCUGGUGAUGUUACAGCUCGUCGUUGGUACAAACGUGCUGAUUAA